UGUUAAAUAAGCUAGCUAAAUAUUUAAUGGCGUUUAAAGUGAAUUAAUUAAACAGUUGUACAUGAAUAUAUAAGCUAUAAGAAAAGUGGUUUUGCUACGCCCAUUUUGACCGAAUACGCCAGAGUCGCAGAAAGAAAUUGAAAUUAUUGUUAAAGAAGCCGUCGUGUCGAAGUCGCGAUCGGUGUCUCGUCUUUCGAUGCUGCAAUCUUCUAUAAAUCUUAAUUCAAGACCAAUUUGUUAAAAUUGCCGUCGCCAAUUGGAACAAAUAAAUCAAAAAUACCGAUUUAACGCACAGCGAAUCACUGCUUUUGUUAAUCAGCCAAUCGCUAGUAACGGGUGCAACUAAAGUCAAACAAAAGCAACUCGGCUGGCUUCUUAUCUGCCUUCAUUGCGGCAGCCUCUGCGUUUAUUAACGUGCUCAUCGAAACCAAUAUUCCCAGGCGGACUACGUAAGUUUCGCCUUUUGGGUAUUAUCGCAUAGAACUCAACUGCAUAAAUAAACACCGGCGAUUUACAUAUUAGUUUCAUUUUGUAAAUAUUCGUUCGUAUUCACUGUAACAUUGAAACUCAAAUCUUAGCAGUGGGCUCUGCAGCAUCACCAAGAUUCACGGAAUAUUGUCGUUGAACACAAAAGUAAAGGUUUCUUAUCGCAGAGGUUUUGAAGUAAAUCGGCGAAAAUUAAUAAAUUAACCACAAUGGCACCUGUGCGGGGGGACGGUAUGAGAGGUUUAGCGGUUUUUAUAUCGGAUAUAAGAAAUUGUAAAAGUAAAGAGGCCGAAGUGAAGCGCAUCAAUAAGGAGCUCGCCAAUAUACGUAGCAAAUUCAAAGGCGACAAGACGCUCGACGGCUAUCAAAAGAAAAAAUAUGUGUGUAAGCUAUUGUUUAUUUUUCUAUUGGGACAUGACAUCGACUUUGGCCACAUGGAGGCGGUCAAUUUACUCUCUUCAAACAAAUAUUCCGAAAAACAAAUUGGUUACCUAUUCAUUUCGGUCUUGGUGAACACCAAUAGCGAUUUAAUACGCUUGAUCAUACAGUCGAUCAAAAAUGAUUUGCAAUCCCGUAACCCUGUUCAUGUGAACUUGGCACUGCAGUGUAUUGCUAAUAUUGGUAGUCGAGAUAUGGCUGAAUCAUUCUCGAAUGAGAUACCAAAGUUAUUGGUAUCGGGUGACACAAUGGAUGUUGUAAAACAAUCGGCGGCGCUCUGUCUUCUACGUUUAUUCCGUUCCAGUCCAGAUAUAAUACCAGGCGGCGAGUGGACUUCGCGCAUCAUUCAUUUGCUCAACGAUCAACAUAUGGGCGUGGUAACAGCGGCCACUUCAUUGAUAGAUGCUCUUGUUAAGCGCAAUCCAGAGGAGUAUAAAGGUUGCGUAAAUCUAGCUGUUUCGCGUCUCUCACGCAUUGUUACAGCCAGUUAUACGGAUUUACAAGAUUACACAUAUUAUUUUGUGCCAGCGCCAUGGUUGUCGGUGAAGUUAUUGCGCUUGCUGCAAAACUACAAUCCAGUUACUGAAGAGCCUGGUGUGCGAGCACGUUUGAAUGAAACACUGGAGACUAUUUUGAAUAAGGCACAGGAGCCACCGAAGAGUAAAAAAGUUCAACAUUCGAAUGCCAAGAAUGCAGUCUUGUUCGAGGCUAUAAACUUAAUUAUCCAUAGUGAUAGUGAGCCGAAUUUGUUGGUUCGUGCCUGCAAUCAAUUGGGACAGUUUUUGAGUAAUCGCGAGACGAAUUUGCGUUAUUUGGCAUUAGAGUCAAUGUGCCAUUUGGCCACGUCGGAGUUUUCCCAUGAAGAAGUAAAGAAACAUCAGGAGGUUGUCAUUUUAUCUAUGAAGAUGGAAAAGGACGUUUCGGUGCGUCAAAUGGCUGUGGAUUUGUUGUAUGCCAUGUGCGAUCGUGGCAAUGCUGAGGAAAUUGUACAAGAAAUGCUCAAUUACUUGGAGACAGCUGACUACUCCAUACGCGAAGAAAUGGUGCUUAAAGUGGCGAUAUUGGCUGAGAAAUACGCUACUGAUUACACUUGGUAUGUGGAUGUCAUUCUCAAUCUUAUACGUAUUGCUGGCGAUUACGUUUCCGAGGAAGUGUGGUAUCGUGUCAUACAGAUUGUAAUUAAUCGGGAAGAAGUUCAAGGCUAUGCUGCCAAAACUGUUUUCGAAGCUCUGCAGGCACCAGCUUGUCAUGAAAAUAUGGUUAAAGUAGGCGGAUAUAUACUAGGCGAAUUUGGCAAUCUGAUCGCUGGUGACUCACGCUCCGCUCCGCUCGUACAAUUCAAAUUAUUGCACUCGAAAUAUCACCUUUGCUCACCUAUGACACGCGCAUUGUUGCUAUCCACCUACAUUAAAUUUAUAAAUCUGUUCCCUGAGAUACGCACCAACAUUCAGGAAGUGUUCCGUCAACAUAGUAAUUUACGCUCCGCGGAUGCUGAAUUGCAACAGCGUGCAAGCGAAUACUUGCAAUUGAGUAUUGUGGCAUCGACCGAUGUUUUGGCGACUGUGCUAGAGGAGAUGCCAUCAUUCCCCGAGAGGGAAAGUUCGAUUUUGGCCGUUUUGAAGAAGAAGAAACCUGGCCGUGUGCCCGAAAAUGAAAUACGCGAGUCAAAGAGCCCAGCACCAAAUGCGAUGGCGCAGAAUAACGUAAUCGUAAAUCACAAAGUAAAUAGCAAUGCCAAUGCAGAUUUGUUAGGUUUGAGUACACCACCAGCUGGUUUGAAUAACACUGGAGGUAGUGGAACUUUAAUCGAUGUAUUAGGCGAUAUCUAUGGCAAUAACAAUGCGGCGACUUACAACUCCAAAAAGUUCCUCUUCAAGAAUAAUGGUGUGCUUUUUGAAAAUGAAAUGCUGCAAAUCGGUGUAAAGAGUGAAUUUCGACAAAACCUUGGGCGUUUAGGCUUAUUUUAUGGCAAUAAGACACAAAUACCUUUGACGAAUUUUAUGCCAGUUCUCCAAUGGAGUGCAGAGGAUGCAUUGAAGCUUAAUGUCCAAGUAAAACCCGUUGACCCCACACUGGAAGCUGGCGCACAAAUUCAGCAACUACUCACCGCUGAAUGCAUUGAGGACUACGCGGAUGCACCCACAAUCGAGGUGAAUUUCCGCUAUAAUAAUGUGCCACAGAAAUUCAGCAUAAAGUUGCCACUGACGUUAAAUAAAUUUUUUGAGCCCACGGAAAUGAAUGGCGAGUCAUUUUUCGCACGAUGGAAAAAUUUAGGCGGCGAACAACAAAGAGCACAAAAGGUCUUCAAGGCACAGCAGCCAUUGGAUCUGCCGGGUGCACGCAAUAAGCUUAUGGGAUUCGGUAUGCAAUUAUUGGACAAUGUGGACCCUAAUCCCGAUAAUAUGGUAUGUGCGGGCAUUAUACACACGCAAACGCAACAGGUGGGCUGUCUGUUGCGACUGGAACCGAAUAAACAAGCGCAGAUGUUUCGACUUACUAUACGCGCUAGCAAAGAAACCGUUACCCGCGAAAUAUGUGAUCUACUUUCAGAUCAAUUUUAAAAAACUAAAUAUGAACAACCUUCUAUGCGUAGGCUAAAAAGUAAAUAUUCAAUAAAAAAACAACCUAAACUGAUUAAGACACUACUUGAGCGCUUACAUAGGCUCCGGUCAUUUUGUUAUUAAGCAAAAAACAGACAGAGAUACAAAAAUACAUAACGAAAAUUAUAAUAAAAAUUACUAUCUCCUAUUUAGCACAAUUCACAAAUCUAAAGGCAACACCUUUUAUCAAUAUAUACAUAAAAAGAGUAUAUGAAAGAAAAUUACAAAUGUGUGAACAAAUGUAUAGCUUUUGCAAAACAUUAGCAUAACAAAUUGUGAGCAGUUUUUGUUUACAAAUUUAGUUUUCCGUGUGUGCGUGUGUGAAAGUGAUACGAAAAUAUGCGGAUCUUUAAAAUCGCGUUAAAUAACUAGAUCCACCACUGAAUGAUUGACAUUUUUUGUUUGUUUGCCAUUCAUUCUAACCACACUAUUUCAAACCACAGUUUCACAAAAUAAUAAUAAUCGCAAUGUUUGUUCGUUAAGGAUUAUAAUAGAAACAUAAAAUGUAAUAUUGAAAGUUCGUUGAAAUCGAUCAGAUAUAAAACGAUACAAGCAUAAUAUUUUAAGUUGAAACCUAAAAUUGUUUUACAAUUGCAACCUAUGUAUGCGAAUAAAUAUGUAAUUUAUUAUUUUUACAUAAA